AUGUCGCCUCACCCUUGGUAUUUGGUCGAAAACAGGAUACGGCAGCAUCUGAUUGACCUCUUGGGAUCAGACGGCGUCCUCGCGCUGCCCACGGCGCCGGGGCCCGCGAUCCCAAUCGGCACGCCCGGCGCGGCGCUGGAGGACUGGCGGGCGCGGCUGCUGAGCCUGACGUGCAUCGCGGGGCUGUCGGGGCUGCCGCAGGUCAGCAUCCCUCUGGCCCGGGUGGACGGCCUGCCCGUGGGCCUGAGCCUCUUGGGGCCGCCGGGCGCUGACGAGGCGCUCAUGCUGCUCGCAGAGCGACUCGCGGGCGCGGUCGGGCUGCCGCCUGUGGCGCCGGCCGCGGUGGCGGCGCCCGCGGGUGGCGAGUGA